UCGAUGGGACCCACUUGUCUUCCACUAUGCAUUCUUCUUCCUCGGGCGCACAUGCCCAUCACAGCCACUCGGAGAGCCCGACGCUUCCACUGUAACGCCAUCCGCCGGCCCCGCUCCGGCCGCUGUGCCGCGCUCCAGCUGCGCCAUCCGUCUGCCCUGCUCCGGCUGUCGUGCCGUCCGCCAGCCCUGCCCGCGCCGUCCGCCGGUCCUGCUCUGUCCGCCAUGCCGCGUUCCCGCCAGCACAGCUCGCGCCACCGCGCCAUCCGCUGGCCCCGCUCCGGCCGUGGCGCCGUGCUCCCGCCGGCCCCGCUCGCACCGCCGCGCUGCGCGCCGUCCGCCGGCCCCAGUCCGGCCGCCGCGCCGCGCUCCGCCGGCCUAGCUCGUGUGGCCGCGCCGCGCGCCGUCCGCCGGCUCCGCUCUAGCCGCAGCGCCGCGCUCCCGCCAGCCGUGCUCGUGCCGCCACGCUGCCCUCCCGCCGGCCCAGCUCGCGCCGCGUGCCAUCCGCCGGCCCUGCUCCGGACGCCACGCCCGCGCCGUGCUGCGCUCCUGCCAGCCCACGCCCGCACCGCUGCUCCUGGUGGAGCCACCCACCAGCUCGCUCGCACAGGCUUCAGACGGAGGAAACGGCACUCGACGGGGGUUGAAGUGGGUUCGUUUGAUCCCUUCAUUUUGGAGAAAUCAAACCAACCCGCAUCCAGAGGGUAUAUUCUCCUAGAUAUUGGCAUCCGUUUGGCUCCUCAGCUUCAACCUGAAUGAGCGGAGAUGAUGGCACGGUGAGGCUGCCUAUGGAGGAGGAAGAACGGGACGUAUAAGGUUGUGACCUAGGUGAACGGGGAAUCUAUUUAUCGUGCGCGCUACUAGCGUGCGAGCCAUCACAGAAGCUACCUCCGGCCAUGUUCAUCUUUCUCCCCGAGCCAGAGGAGGGGAGAGCUGUCAGACCCGGGGCCACCGGGCUGG